GUAAGCUUAGCAAACCUUUGUGGCGAUUGUGGGAAGACUUUAUCACUAUUGGUGGUCUCUCUGUUCUUCAUGGGUGUUUUUGAAUUCGAGAAGUUUGCAGCUGGAACUGAGGCUGUAGCAAAGCAGCUUGCAGAACUAAGCGGAAAGGGAGUAACCACAAUCAUUGGAGGAGGUGACUCUGUGGCUGCCGUCGAGAAGGUUGGUUUGGCUGACAAGAUGAGUCACAUCUCUACCGGUGGUGGUGCUAGUUUGGAGCUUCUUGAGAAACCUCACGUUGGAUUUGAUUUCUCUUUUGUGUUGUUAUAUGUAUAA